AUGGAGAAUUCGACUUUCGAUACAACAAAUUGCAGCAAUCUCAUUCACGAAUUGCUACAAAAACAGAGGCAAAUUGAGACUGAAUUUGAAAUCGAUUUAAAUCGAUCGAUUAUAGAAGAAGAAGAAACUAAUUGUUUUGGAGAUGAAUUCGUACCAAUAUUCAACAAUCCAGACAAUGCAGAUGAAGCAAUCGAUAAUGCAGAUGAAGCAAUUGAGAAUGCAGAAGACGCAAUUCAUAAUGCAGAAAAUCAAUUACCCUAUUUAUGCUCAAAUGUUACACUCAGAUUGUAUGCUGAAAAUUCAGAUUAUACAAAUCCAAUUGAUGCUUAUGGUUUAGAUCUUAGAGGAUCAUUUGUUGGUGUGGUAAGAGAAACUUUUGAAGAAAUUUUGGAAUUGUAUGAAAAACAUGCUGCUAUACUGGGGUUUUCAAUAAGAAAACAUACAACUAGAUUCAAACAACACACAAAAAUAGUAACUGAGAAAAACUAUGUGUGUUCUGCUGAGGGAAAGAGACAUUCAGGUCAGAAGAAAACAAAGUUAGUUGAAAUGGUUGAUGAAGAGGAUGUAAAUGUAAAAACAAGAAAGCCAAGACAAGUAUCCAUUACAAGAUCAAAUUGCAAGGCAUGCAUAAGAGCAAAAGUGAAUAAAGAAGGACAGUUUGAGGUGGUGGCUCAUGUUAUUCAGCAUAACCACGAGCUAACAAAGCCAAAGUGGCAUUAUUUGCAUCGUUCUGAAAGAAAAAUGACAGAGGAAAAAGUUGUAACAAUCAAAACAAUGAAAUCUUCAGGUCUAACUACAAUGGACACUUACAAUUACAUGGCUACAGAGGCUGGAGGAGAACAGAAUAUAGGCCAUAGUGUUGUAGAUCACCUGAAUUUCUGCUCAAGGUUAAGAAUGGAACAAAUUGAGGCUGGAGAUGCUCAAACUUUAGUGAACAUUUUAAGUCAGGAACAAUCAGAGGAUCCAAACUUCUUUUUUAGAGUGAAGUUUGACAAAGAAGGAAGAAUUUGCAAUAUCUUUUGGAGAGAUUCAAUGAUGCUAGAAGACUAUAGGAUAUAUGGAGAUGUUCUUGUCUUUGAUACAACAUACAGACCAACAGAUAUAAUCUUAUAUGUGCUCCAUUUGUUGGCAUAA